CAAAAGCCGACCUGGAGGCGUCCCCGAUCCCAGCACUGGCACCUCCUGGACUAUGUCCUCGUCCGGCGGCGUGACCAGCAGGACGUGCUGGUUACCAAGGCAAUGCCGGGUGCCGGCGGCUGCACCGAUCACCGUAUCGUCAUCUCCAAGAUGAGGAUCCGCCUUCAAACACGCAGGAGACCCCAGGACAUAAUCUUUGCUGCUCGCCAAUUGCAGGAAAAGUGCCAGAAGAUGCGCACCCACCUGAACACCUCUCUCGUGGAUCUAACGAAAGCCUUUGACACGAUCAAUCGCGAUGAACUUUGGAAAGUCAUGCAAAAGUUCGGCUCUCUGGAGCUCUUCACUCAAUUGGUACGCCAGCACAGCGACCGGAUGAAGGCGCGCGUCACGGACAACGGACUCGUUUCCGAAGCUUUUGCACUGAUCAGUAUAGUGAAGCAGGGCUGUGUCCUCGCGCCUACCCUCUUCACUCUCAUGUUCUCUGCCGUGCUGACGGACAAGCGUCCCGGGAUGCGCUUCAACUACAGAACGCACGGACAAUUUUCCAUGCUCACUCCUACGCGCGUGUUAAUGACCACAGUUCAUGACAUGCUGUUCGCGACCGACUGCGCUCUCAAAAAACAGCCGAAGCGGACAUGCAAAGCAGUAUGGACCUCUUCACCGCAGGUUGCGCAAACUUCGGUCUAA